CCAACGUGUCGUAGAAUAUAAUGGCGUCCACCUCCGUGUGCGUCGUUGUGAAGACGUGGACAAUGGCGACAGUGUGAGUCCUGACAGACAGGAUGAGCCUGCCACGCACAGCUCCGACCAUUUUGUUUACACGCGAGAAGUAAGCGACAGAAUUACUUGAGGCGAUAUGCGACGAAUCUUCUUUAGAAGGAAAACAAGGAAACGGAGGAAAGUUCAACUGCUGUUGCUGUUAAUUUUGCUUAUGACUACAGGUGUAGUCCUCGUGACCUACACUGGCCUCACAGGCAACGGCAGUGCGGAAUUUGACAAGGAAACAAUCAGGCAGUAUCUUCAAAGACGGGAAGUCUUCAAAGUUACCAAGGGCCACUUUGCCAACACCACUUGUGAAAAUGAAGAUGCCGGACCCUGUGUGGAUCCUGCUUGUACCACGACCUUCCUGCCACCCAGGGUGAGACUAGAGAGACUUGUGAGCACCCAGUACCCCGUUAGUCCCCGCCAUCGGCAGGUGCUGCGCUCCCUGGGGGCCCGGGUACCUCCCGCCGACAUCGUCUUCCUGACGGCGGCCUCACAGAACCACUUCGAUGAGAGUCAGGGCGUCGUCAAGGACCUGCACGAAAAGGUCUUCCCCUGGCUUCACAGCAACACCGACUAUUCUUAUCGCUUGAUCUACUACAACCUGGGUCUCACCAAGGAAAGCUUGGCACUGCUCAAAAAGUACUGCAGAUGUCACGUGCUGCGUUUCCCAUUCAAGUUGCUACCUCCAGUCUUCAAGAAUGUGAAGAAGUACCUGUGGAAACCCUUGCUUGUGAAGGCACACAGUUCUCACUGCAAGCUGCUGAUGUGGAUGGAUGCCUCGGUCCGCUUUAAGUUCGGUGAUGUGAGUCUCAUCAUCCAGCGAGCCAUGGCCAACGGACUUUUUAUUCAACGCAACGACUACAUGAUGGCGAGACACGUGAUGCCAGCGAUGCUGCAGUAUUUUCACACUGAAGCCUGUCUCCUCGCCCCCUUCUAUGAGACGGAAACAAACUUCUUGGUAGUCAAGAACGAGCGACUUAUGAGCAAAGCUGUGCUGGACCCUUGGCUGGCCUGUGCAUUUGCUCCGAGAUGUAUUUAUCCCGGCCAUAACUGGAGAAGCCUCGUCACCUGUCCUGAGGGUAAACAAGGGUACAGCUUGUGUCACAGGUUUGACCAGGCGGCUUUAGGUGUCAUUCUUGUGACACUCUUUGACUUGAAAUUGUCUCACCUUGUAGCUCCUGACAAGAAUACUACUUAUUACCUCGCGAAAGAUGACAAAGUGGACUAUUUUCCCGACACAGUGUAAACAGUUUACAUUUCUGAAAUAAUUCAGGUCAACUGUUUGUGUCCCAGAGUUCGCCAGAUACGCAAAGUGUUGGUGAGCUGCUCUCGUCCUACCUUGCCUCACAGAGGUACGAUUCUCUUCCAUCCAUCUCUGUGACAGACAGACAGUUUACUACUUGUAUCAGCUCUUCUUCACGAAGCUUUAUUGUUGGUAAAGAGCCGUGACGUCAGCUGUGUACCGGGUACAGAACUCGACAUGUCUAUUUAUAUUAUUACUAUUAGUUGUUAUUAUGCAGCGCCACCUGGUCUUAAUAGGUUGUAGUCAAGACACAUAAUUAGCUGAGACACUUAGUCGUUUGCUUUACUCCUGUAGUGUAACUAAUUUCAUGUGCUAUCUCAUGUUUGUACUAGUAUUGGGAUUGAUUUUAUCUUAAAUAUUAUUUCGUUCGGAUCGGCUGUUUGCUGCUAAAGUUUUGUCUCAGUUGACUUAAUAAAUCAAAG